AGCAAAAGCUGGGUUUGAAUCCUAGGUCCACCUCACAAUAGCUUUGUGCAAGUUACAGAACCUCCCUGUGUCUUGGAAUUCCCAUUGUGAAAAGGUAAUGAAAAUAGAACCUUCCUCCUAGGGUUGUUGUAAGAAUUUAAUGAGAUAAUGCAUGUAUUAACUUGAACACGUAUUGACUCACAGUGAGAACUCAAUAUCUGGACACCAAGUAGACUAAGGAAGACACCGGAGGCAGAGAGUCCAGCCUGCCUUUGAGGUGACGGUAAUGUCAAAAAGGCAGUAUUUGACUCUGGUGAUAAUGCUUGCCUGUGGCAAUAGCAGGACCCUUCUAAACAUUUAAGAAUCUUGGAAACUUUUGUGGAUGGACUGCUGAUUUAUUUAUUUAUUGUUUUUUUUGCAUCUCCAUGUUAGGAGCAGAGAAAUUUUUCAUUAUAAUGAUAGCUGGUAUAAGGACUUCUUUUAACAUGUCUUUAACAUAUACAUAAUAUGUUCAACUAUAAAGUAUUCACAACUUUUUGUCUAGCCGGUCACUACUAUGCAAAAAAUUAGGAAUCAUGGAGUCAGAGUUCUAGUCAUUCAUUCAGUAAACAUUUAUGCAGCAUUUGCCAUGUGCUAGGCUUUUUGCUGGGCCCUGGGGAAAAUAAUAGUACAGAGAAACCAGAAUGGUUUUUGCUCUCGCUGAAAUUACAGUGGAAUGGGGAAUUUGAGACAAAAUAAGGAGGCAGUUACUGUCUAGGGGGAUGAAUAUUUUGUUGGGGAAAGUUUGGGAUGCAGUGGGUGCUUGUAGGAGCUACUUCUGACCCAGACUGAGGAGAAAGACCAAAUAAAAUAUAUUUCACUUCCUGAAAUAAAGUAACCUAAAUGGAUAGCUGAGAGAUAAGUACAAGUUAGCCAAGAUGAUGCCUGAAAAUUGGCCACAGGUCUAGUUUGUUUAAAUGGUGUGUUCACCUUGAGGAGUAGUGUAGGGAAUGCUGCAUAGUUGGGAGAGGUGAAGCGUUCCUUCUGGUAUUAGAAUUUUAUUCCUGACAGCUAAGGAUAGGACGCCGGCAGUUGACUGGGACCUAGAGGUGACUGAACAGUGAUAUAAUAAAACUGACCUAGAAAUUAGAAUUUCUGGCUUCAGUGUGGUCAUGUUUCUCCGGUAUUACCUCAACGAGCAGGGAGACCGAGUCUAUACGCUGAAGAAGCUUGACCCUAUGGGACAACAGACCUGCUCGGUGCAUCCUGCUCGGUUCUCCCCAGAUGACAAAUACUCUAGACACCGAAUCACUGUCAAGAAACACUUCAAGGUGCUCAUGACCCAGCAACCGCGCCCUGUCCUCUGAGGGUCCCCUAACCCCUCAGAGACUUUCCGAAACCAAGCUCUUCAAACUGUGAGCAUUGAAGCCUUCUCAGCACCCUUGCUCUUUGGAAUCCGGUUUCAUCGUUGCCCUUGAUCAUGCUUGUGUAAAUCCAUGAUGGUAGCAUCCUUCUUUUGAAUCUUCUUUCCAUAUUUUGAAUCACUGCUAGGUUAUUAAAAUGAUUUGAAAAG